AUGCAUCUUCUCCUCGUCCAUUCGUUAUUCUUUUCCUUUGGCCUCGUUCGGGCAGCUGUCACUGCCUAUGGCCCGCAUGUCCAGUCACCAUUUGGAACUACGACGGCUGCCUCUGCCUCAUACACGGGGUCAGCUUCAUACGACCGAACGGUAUUACAACCUCCACCCCCGCCUAAUCCACCCCCACCCACUCAGUUCAACGUGGACCUGCAGACCGGAGAUGUCUCGGGAGUUUCAAUUCAACAACAAGGCUCAUUCUUUGGCUUCAGUAUAGAGUUUAGUGUUACGACGCAAGUCCCAUUUACCCCAAUUUCCAGUUCUUUCCUCCAAGUCCCGUUUCUCAACCUUAUGGCCAACCUACGACAACGCGGGGGCAGCGUUAGGGUUCGUGUCGGUGGUAAUACUCAAGAGACCGCUACCCUAGUGGCCAGUACCCCGGACGGUGCAGCUCUCGAGAAGGACUACGCAGGCAUCACCAACCCCACGGCAACGCCGCCCCUCGUCUUCACAAACGAGAUCAUCAAAAUGAUGGCCGAGAUAUCUGCACUCACCAACGUCUAUUGGUACAUGGGUGUGCCGUUCAAUGACACUCAGCAUUGGCGUUUGCAGAUCGCCGAAGUCGGAGAGGCGAUGCUUGGAAAUUAUCUGAUUGGUCUACAGGGCGGCAAUGAACCUGAUCUUUACUCAAGGCACGGUCAUCGGCCGGAUUCUUAUAGCCCUCAGGAUUACACGAAUGAAUUCGGUCUUCUCAUCGACGCCAUGAACGCGGACUCUAAUAUUCCCAACAAAAAUUUGCUCAUUGGCCCCAACUUGGCUGGCGUGUGGAGCCCAACAGAUAUCUGGGAAACCGGGUUCGCAACAGACUAUAACCAAAACCUCGCUGCGCUGGGUGUUGAAAGGUAUCCCACCGAUAACUGUUACGCCCAGUUCGGUAUAGGAACCCCACGCAGUGGCCAAGAGAUGUUCCCGACCUUCCUGACGCACCAAGCCGGAAAGAGCAUUGUUGCCGAGUUCCCCGGUGCUCCUGCCUAUGCGCAAUCCGUUGGAAAGCCCUUCAUAAUGUCGGAAACCAAUACGGCAUCUUGCGGAGGUUUUCCCGGGUUAAGCGACAGCUUCGGGGCCGCCCUGUGGGGAAUUGACUAUGCUCUCCAACUAGCAUACAGCAACUUCUCAACUGUGCUUUUCCAUGUCGGUGGACAGAGCGUAUAUUACAAUCCCUUUACACCGCCUGUGAGAAACCAGUCGACGUAUCAACAGUGGACCAUUGGUCCGGUCUAUUACUCGGCUUUAGUAGUCGCAGAAGCACUGGGUUCCUCCAAUAUCGCACAAGUCCUGGAUCUGCAGGCAAAUGAUGGAAAUGACUACACUCCGGGUUACGCGAUUUACGAAAAUGGCCAGCCAGUCCGUGUUGCACUGACUAACUUCGUCACGGAUCCGGAUGGCGAUAGUGAUUAUACCGCGAGUAUUUCGAUCGGGGGGACAGUGCCUGCUCAAGUACAAGUCAAAUACCUCCUGGCUCCAUCUGUCUCUGAACUAUAUAACUUCACGUGGGCUGGACAGACCUUCGGCGGCCCAUUCUCAUCAGACGGACGACUUAAUGGCACACUCGACAUACAGACUAUUCCAUGUGACCAGACUAAUAACGUAUGUCGGGUCAAAGUACCUGCUCCUGGUUUCGCCCUUGUAUUCCUCACCAAUAAUGCGCUGUCCGAGUCCGACCAGACUUCAACGAUGACCUUCCCAACCACCGCAUAUACGAAUCUCCAUGGCGGACCAACCAUCACUAUUGACCCCUCCGUUCUGGCUACCUCGAACGGUGAGAAAGGAUUCGCCAACGCCCUAGCGGGCACGAGCAAAGGUCGCCAGAUGAGCAACGCUCUGGGAUUCGCGCAAGCGCUGCCUAGCCUGGUCGGUGUCAUGGCUGGUGCUCUUAUGAUCGGGCGUCUGGCCCUCAUGCGAUGAACAUUUUCGAAUCUUUCAUUCGGGGUUCAGUGGGUCAGGGACUUUAUUCGUCCGUUUACCUGCACUUGCAUCGGAACUGAUUCACAUGGACAUAUAUCCCAGAAAUGAUCAUUGUCACUGCUGUGUCUAUAUGACAUCCUUGUAGUAUUUUGGGGGCUACUUGGAUCUUUGACCUGCGUACAUAUACUCCUUGCACUAAUCCUACCUUUGGACCACUUGGAUCUUGGGCCUGCAUCUAUCCCACACGCUAAUCAUACUCACCAUCUUUUUGUCCAUCACUCGUGUACUACUGCAUCUACUAAUAUCACAACUGAACUGACUUUCAAGGCAAUUUGGAUCACAAAGUUCAAUGAAGUCCCGAAAAUUUGUCGCUCACUGGAGGCUCAAGUGGGUUGAGGCCACUGCGAUCUUUCUGUAGUCGGAGGUAACUUUUCAUGUUCAUGUUUUCUGGCGAGCCAUGC